AUGCCCACCACCGACAACAUCCAGCCUGCCCCUCCACCAUGGAAGCUCAAGGCCACCACCAUCUACAGCUUGGCCUUUUGGACCACCAAGGAGCAGGUUGACCAGGCCACGGCCGCGGGCCUCACGUACUCGGCCCUGGAGGCCCAGUCGUCCUUUGCCGAUUCCAGAGACGGCAAGCACCUUGGCGGCGUCAGUGUCAUCCAGAUCAUACGGUACUCCGAGACGCCCGUGGGGCCGUACGACGAGCUCGUCCUGAUACCCGGCUUCCACGAGUACACGGUCGAAGAGGCCGGGGGCAGGCGUGCCACCAAGAAGAAUGCGCGCAUCACCAGGAUAUACGUCUCGCAAGAGCACACGUGCUGGAACGGGAGGAAGAACUGGAACGUACCCAAGCACCUCGCCUCAUUCGAUUUCAGGGACAACGUUGACGGGUCCACGACCAUCAAGGUCUUCGCCAACGACACAGCUGGCGACGCGACAGAGGCGUCGGCAGAUUCCAAGCCGCUGUUCCAGGGUACUUUCACGUCGUUUCCCUACAUCCCGGCUAUCCCGUCGUCCACCAGCAUGCUCAAGUACGUCGGCCUCGACGCCACCCUCGUACAGCCCCCGCUGCCGGACGGAAAGGGUAGCAGGGGUGAGCUGCCGGGGACGGAUAGGUGGUGUGCCGUGUUUCCGGCAAUGUACUCGCCCCGGACUAGCCUGGGAUGGAUCGACGUCCGUCAGCCGGGCGAGGUCUCGUCAUGCACGCAGGAUAACUUUUGGCCGGGUCUGAAGCCUUGGCAGCUUGCUGUCAAGAUGGAUGAUGCCGAGAUUGAUUUUGGAAUCGGGAUGCAUUGGGACCCGCCCAGGUCCGUCUCGUAA